AUGAGCGAGCAGAAAUGGAAGGGGGGGCGCGUAAAGAGGAAGCACAUACAAGCUGGGGAUGGAUGGACCGUUGUCACGCAUUCGGCGGCUUCAAGACGCUCAGGAGAGGAUGGGGCUAGGGAUGCGAGACCGACGAGGAUAGUAGAGGGGUUGACGGUGGAAAAGCUGCUGGAUGAUUUGCGGAAGAUGGAAGCGCGGUGGCGGGAGACAACGUGUGCGCAGCAACUUGAGCGGGUGCUCCAAAAGCGGACUUGGGAUGUGAACGAGGCCGUCUGCAUAGGCAUUGGGAGCUUUAGUCUCGACUGGGAACAUCGGCAUCGCUCGAUGUGGCAGCUUGCGCUGUUCCUGGCUACCGUCAAGCUUGUACAGCACGAGCAAUCACAGAUUCGCCUCUACGCCCAAGAACCUGCAUUCACUCCCCUCGAUAUUUCCUUCCUACGCGCCCUCAAUAUCGCUGUUCUCUCCGCCGAUAUACAAACUCAUAUCACCAAGUCGUCGUUUGUCUUCGCUCCCUUUGUGGACUGGUAUAUACUGCUUCCGCUGUUCCUGAAGGGCAAGGAUCCGGAGUUAUACAUUGGGAAUGAGGUUUUGGAUGAUUAUGGGGUGUUCGCUAAGACAUCAGAGAAGGAGAGAGUACUUGAAGAAAGCAAUGAGACCGGCAACAUUUUUCAACGAGGGAGAGAAUGGAGAAGGGUGCCGGAGUUCGAACCCCAUGGUCAAGCGCUGGAGGGGCUGAUGGUGUAUUGGAAGGAGGACGACGAGGGAGGGUGA